GAACAGUUCUGACACUCCUGACUGUUCUGACGUCUGAGAUCUGAGAGUGGAAACACACUCGCAAGUGAACAACUGGUAGUUGACACGCCAAAAAAGAGGUACUUGUCCCUACCUAGUGCCACUUCGUCAUUAUUUGCAGUGUUCCAGUCAGUUAAGCAGAAGGUCGCUUGCAAAGUUAAAUUCAGCUUCAAUCAUUGUUAUGCUUUCCCAUACACAAUUUAGAAUGAAGCAACGUGAACAAUAACAAAGUGAAAAAGUACACAAGAAAAGCAGCAACAUCUCCCAGACGUGAAACGACUCACGAUAAUCUUCACGCUUAUGAGAUGUAAAUAUGCAUUUAAUUGCAAGAAAAAUAUUGUAGGCAAGAGAAGUAAUUGAAACGUGUAAAAGGGAAAUAUUUUGGUGUAUCAAUUAUUAAAACUUAAUAUCGAUCAACUGCAGUGUUUAAUGAGGGAAACUAAAUUUUGCUUGGAAAAGCUAACUCAUAAUUUGCAUCUAUUUUUCCACUUUGUAUUCUAAUACAUUGAUAUGGCAUACACCAUUAUUUAAAAGUCAUCUCCAAGCUUUUGGAGAUAUAUUCAUUUGUUGGAGCAUUUGAGCAAUGAGAUUAUCGGAAUAUUAUAGAUCAGAUUAAUAUUGCGCUGACCAAUGUUUUCAAAUAUAUUUAAGGGUUCAGGCGUAUUCAUUCCACAUGAAUCGUUGAUAAAUUUACCAGAGCUACUCUAUACAAGAAUUACUGUUAUGGAUAAUUUUUUUACACAAAACUCAUCUGAAGAACCAGAUGAUAUACCGCAAACUGAAAAUUUUGUGUGGAUCUUAGGUAGAAAGUAUAGUGCCAAAAAAGAUAUAGAUGCUAUUCGAAAAGACAUUAGAUCUAGACUUUGGUUUACUUACCGAAAAGGCUUUGUUCCUAUUGGAGGAUUUGGCUCCUCAUUCACAUCAGAUAAAGGUUGGGGAUGUAUGUUAAGAUGUGGUCAAAUGGUCUUAGGCCAAGCUCUAGUUUCUUUACAUUUAGGUAGAGAUUGGAGAUGGACUCCGGAUACCAAAAGCAGCACAUAUUUAAACAUUUUAAGAAGAUUUGAAGAUAGGAGAGCUGCUCCUUAUUCUAUUCAUCAAAUAGCACUAAUGGGUGCCUCUGAAGGAAAGGAUGUAGGCCAAUGGUUUGGUCCCAACACUAUUGCCCAAGUAUUAAAAAAAUUAGUUGUAUAUGAUGACUGGAGUUCUAUUACUAUUCAUGUUGCACUUGAUAAUGCUUUGGUAAUAAAUGAUAUUGUUAGGCAAUGUCGAGUGGAAGGAGCAACUACAGCAGAAGUUGAUGGGGAAAAACCUUUAAAAGCUCCUAGUCAAUGGAAACCAUUACUAUUAUUGAUACCUUUGCGAUUAGGAUUGAGUGAUAUCAAUCCUAUUUACAUCAAUGGCCUUAAAACUUCUUUUCAGUUUCCACAAUCCUUGGGAAUUAUUGGUGGAAAACCAAGUCAUGCUUUAUAUUUCAUAGGAUAUGUUGGAGAAGAAGUAAUUUUCCUAGAUCCACAUACAACUCAAAAAGCAGGCAGCGUAGAUCAAAAAUCUGAUGAUAAUGAAACAGAAUUUGAUGCUACUUAUCACUGCAAAAUUGCCAGUCGCAUACCAAUGACAGAAAUGGAUCCUUCAGUUGCUCUUUGUUUCUUUUGCGCCACUGAAAAAGACUUCAGAUCACUAUGUAGGUUAAUGCAAGAUCAGUUAAUUUCAAAUGAAAAGCAACCUCUCCUUGAGAUAUGUGCUGAAAGACCAACUACUUGGUCUCCAGCUGAAGAUGUGGCAUCAGAAGCAUUGGGAGCCACAGCAUCCACAUUUUUAGGACCAACAUCCGAUGACGGUUUUGAACUACUUGGUUGACAAUCAAUACAUUAAUUUAUAAAUGAUCUUCACAUUGAAUACUUAUUGAAGUGAUUACGAUAAUUGAUUAUUUUAUCACUUUAUAAAUCACCUAAAAUAGUAAGUAUAGCAUGGCAGCAUGAUUAUUGGAAAAAGUUAACGAAUGUAUAAUACAGCAAGGUUAAUUGUAAUAACUUAGGUAAAUUAAAUUAUCAUGUUAAAAAUAUCUUUUUCUGAAACUGAAAUUUUGUAAACAAUAUUUAAAAAGAAUUCAGAUUAUAUCAGGAAUAUAAGUCAAAUGCUAUGGUUUCAGUUAAUGUACAUAUUGCUUAUAUUUAUACACACUGCAUAAGAUAUAUUUUGAUUGGACUGAUAAACGACAUUACUAUAUUAUAUAGACUGUCUAUGAAUAAUAUAGAAUUUGUAAUUAUAGUUUAUCAAGUAGACAAUUCGUUUCAAUAAGUUAAUAUUCUGUGGUUUGCAUAGUUAUUAAGAACUUUAAUGCAAAGACAUGAAAAUAUUACUUGAAUACAUGUUUCACGUUUGUUGAGUGUUCAUCUUGCAUAAUAAUCAAGGUAUUUUUUUGCUCUUGUAGCAACUUGUUGACAUCUUCAACAUUUCUUUCAUACUCAUUUACUCAUUUUACGCGAUUCGCCUCAAAAAGAUAAUAUAAAUAUCAAAAUGUAAUCACAAUGAAUAAUGUAUCGAUCAACAUUGGUUGAAGAGAAAAAAAAUUGAUAAGGAAAAGUGAUUUUGUUUAUUUUUAUUUUAUCAUCAACAUUGUUUAAAUAUAGCACUGACACGAAAUUAAAACCGCUAUACAAGAAUUUGAUAAAAGAAAAAUCAACGUAAUAAUUUUUCGUUGAAAAGUCAAAAAUAUUACGGUUAAUUAACUACGAGCUAGAAAGUUUAAAUGUAUCAGAAUUAAUUGUUGUCACUAUUUUUUAAGCAGAUUUUUAAAGUUUGUAAUAUUGUAAGUCUAGAUUAAACAAAAAAGGAAUUUCUUCAAAAUAAAAAAUGUGAUUAUUCUUACUUAUUAAAAUAGCAUUGAUUAUAUACAUUUAUGUAUCGAUAUGUACGUGUUUAUUUUAAAUAUAAUUUUUCUACUUUCAA